AUGUCCUACCUCUCGCGCCUAAGCCCCAUUCCCGCAUUCCCUGAAUACACAGGGCCCUACAAGGUCGGCACUGUCGAUGUCGAGACUCCUAUCUCUGAACUUGAGGCGCCCAGCGCUGCCCCCGAGGGUGUCGAUAAGAUUCAUACCGUCCAGUAUCGCAUGUUCUACCCAGCUGUUCCCGAAUCGAACGAGAAGCGCAUCAGCUGGUUGCCGAACCCUCAGCGACAGCAUCUAGUUGCUUACACAAAGUUCCUUGGUAUUGGGCCUAUGUUGGCUGAGUUUCUUUCAUUCCUGCCUCGACAUCUUCACUAUACCACAAUCCCAGCCCACAAGAAUGCGAAACUCCUCGAAUCGUCGACCGAGAAUAAGCGAUGGCCAACAAUGAUCUUUUCCCAUGGCCUGGGGGGAUGCCGAAACUCCUACUCUUACAUCGCAGGCUCCCUUGCCUCCCACGGUAUUGUCGUCAUUUGCCCCGAGCAUCGUGAUGGCAGCGCUGUUGCAAGCUUCAUUCGAGUUCCCGAAAAGCAAAAUGGAACAGUCACCUCCAACGGCCGAAUCCACGUUCCCUACGAGAAGAUCUCACACGACGUCAGCCCCGAAGUCUACCAGGCCCGCGAAGCUCAACUCCGAAUUCGAUGCUGGGAGCUCGGUAUGAUCCAUCAAGCCAUGCUCGCCGUUGACAAUGGCACCCAAUUGACAAACCUGAACCGCUCGACCCCAAGCCUCGAUCAAUUCAUCGGCCGAUGCAAUAUCCACGAGCCUGGCAGCAUUAUCUUCGCUGGCCACAGUUUUGGAGCAGCUACAGUGACACAAUUCCUCAAGAGCACAUACUACGCUGAUGUCCCCGAGGUUGCUGCCAUGGAGAAUCCUAUCUUUGUCCCGGCCGAGGGCAGUGAUAUCCGAAAGCAGGUCACCGAGAAGACUCUCGUCAUGUUGCUCGACAUGUGGUGCAUGCCCUUGAUGGCUCCCAACUCGGCGCCUCUAUUCAAUCUGCCGCUACCUGCAUAUGCCGACAAGGCCAGCGCUCCUGGUGGAAAGGCUAUUCUAGCAGUUGAAUCGGAGCACUUCUUCAAGUGGACCGACCAUCUUCACAUGAAGGCGCGUGUUUUGAGCCCCGAUCCUACUGUCAAGGUCGUUACACCUCAGCUAUUCGAGCGACCUAGUGGCUACAAGAUGUCAGAACCAAACUUCUUCUACGUCGUCAACUCUGCGCAUCUCAACCAGUCCGACUUUGGAAUCCUGUUCCCAUGGUUGACGCAGAAGAUCUUCAAAGCUGAACAGCCCGAGCGAGCGCUUCGUCUGAACCUCCGCGCUCAGCUCCAGAUGCUUCGCGAGAACAACAUACCCGUAGGUCGUACAUUCGCUGGAGACCUCGUUGACGGUACUUCGUUCGAUAAGCUCGACAAGUUCAACGAAGCCAACGGCGAUCCCUGCAAAGAUGGCAUCAACAGUGAUCAAGCCAUCUUUGACAAGAGCGGCAACAACCCUGUCGAGUUCUGGCGAUGGAUCGACAUCAUUGGUCUUGGAGACGCUGGGGGCAAGAAGACGACUGAGAAGAAGGUCGAGGAGGGCGAGGAGGAGAUGAAGGGCGAACUUGACCCUAGUGAGGAGUUGCCCGGAGCACCACCUUCUAUGACCGGAGCUGUCAGUGCUGCUGCGGCGUAA